GCAAUAACCAAAAAACUAGUUCGUCACCAGCUCAGAUCGGAACCAAAACAACUCUGGCUGCGGCACGUUGAUAAAUCAAAUGGCCGAAAAUAUUAAUAAAUCAAACAUAAUUCACUGCAAAGACACAGAACAACUUAAUGAAACAGUGAACAGCAACAGCGAUGAGACCAGCAGCUCCGGUGACAUCGAAAAUAGUAGAUACGGGAAACUACGUCGCAGAUCCGUGCGCAGCUUUUCCUACCACUAUCAAGCUCUACCCAUGCGUGUUGUGGGGGAUCAGUCUGCUUCCAUUUCGGGAUAUUCAAGCUCUGCCCGGGAUAUAACAUUAGGCCCCGCUCACAUCAUUGAGGACAGUUCGGAAUCCGAGUUCCACAUAUCUGACACGAGCAACGAAGAACCGGCGAACAAAUCAAUUAAAUUUGUUGGUCGUCCACUGGGAAAAACUGAUUUGGACUUUAUCAAAAAGCAAUACAAACGUAAAAAACGACCAAAAAAGAAAAUAUACAAAGAAUAAGCAACGCAAAAGGAAACCACCACAUUUGAAACUGAAAUGUGCGCGCAGGGCUGGCAAAUAAGGUGUGUCGUGCGUUGCACAACACUGAUUCAGGCCCAGGGUUGGUUGGUGCAUUUUGGAGUAGUGGUCAAUUUUUACGAGCAUAACUAUUUACACGAUUUUAUGUAAAUAAAACAAAUUAAACGUAGGAAAAUUAAGUGCAAAGUAUCAUUUCAUCCGACUUCAAAUUCAACAACUGUGUUCUGGCAUUUUUAAUCAGAUGAAUUAAAAAGGAAUUAGCUGCAAAACAUGUUCCCCUCUUAGACCAACCAUAGCCCUAGUAUUGAUUAGAAUUUUUAAGUAAAAAGUAUUCGAACGAACGAAUUUGCAAGCCGAUUUUGGCCACC